AUGCGCUCCGACGAGCUCCCCGUCGACUCCGCCGGAGUGGAGCUGCAGCUCUUUCACGGGCACAACGACGGCGACGGCAGCGCCAGGUUCGUGGACGAGGAAGCCUGGGCAGAGUCAUCAUCGGCGACGGCUCUGGAUGUGGCGAAGCGGGCGGCGGUGGGAGUGGGCGCGCGGGUGCUCUUCUACCCGAAGCUGGCCUACAAGCUGGUGGCCGGCCGGUCGGCUCCGGGUAAAGCCUCGGAGGAGUCGUCGUCAUCGUCAUCGGCGACGACUCUAGACGCCGCGAAGCAAGCGGCGGUGGGCGUGGGCGCGCGGGCGCUCUUCUACCCGACGCUCGCCUACAGCCUGGCCCGGAACCGCCUCUCGCCGGCCGGCUUCAAGUGGUGGCACAAGAUCACGGACACCCACAUGCUCCUCGGCGCUGUCCCGUUCCCGAGCGACGUGCCGCGCCUCCGCGCCCUGGGCGUCACCGCCGUGGUCACGCUCACCGAGCCCUACGAGCGGCUCGUCGACGCGAAGCUGUACAAGGCCCACGGCAUGGAGAACCUGGUGCUGCCCACCACGGACUACCUCUACGCGCCGUCGCAGAAGGACCUCCGCGACGCCACGGCGUUCAUCCACGGCAAGGAGGGCGGCGGGCUGACCUACGUGCAUUGCAAGGCCGGGCGCGCGCGCAGCGCCACGGUGGUGAUGUGCUACCUGGUGCGGUACAAGGGGAUGACGACGAAGCAGGCGUACGAUCACGUGCGGUCGUGCCGGUCCAGGGUGUCGCUGGCUCCGGCGCAGUGGCAGGCGGUCCAGGACUUCGAGGACUUCUACCGGCGGCCGGCCGGUAGCUCGGAGUGA